CGUGCUGUCUCCACCGAAUCCGCUCCGAGGCGCACGUGCUUCCUCCUCGAAGCACCGGUUGAUCUGCCCCCUCACUCCCUUUUACGCCCACCGCCUCCGCCGCGUUCGCAGCAUCCUUUGAUCCAGGUGUUCACGGCUUCUCCUCCCCCGUAAACAGAAACAUGAGCACAGUAAAUGGGGCAGCUUCAACAGAGACACGCACAGUCCCACGGCUCAAUGAAAGGAUUUUAUCAUCAAUGUCAAGGAGAUCAGUAGCUGCGCAUCCUUGGCAUGAUCUUGAAAUAGGUCCCGGGGCUCCUGCUGUGUUUAAUGUUGUUGUGGAGAUAACAAAAGGAAGUAAAGUCAAAUACGAACUUGACAAGAAGACCGGGCUGAUUAAGGUAGAUCGAAUCUUAUAUUCCUCAGUGGUCUAUCCUCAUAAUUAUGGUUUCAUCCCUCGCACUCUUUGUGAAGAUAAUGACCCCAUGGAUGUUUUGAUCCUUAUGCAGGAGCCGGUUCUUCCUGGUAGCUUUCUACGAGCCAGGGCCAUCGGUCUUAUGCCUAUGAUUGAUCAGGGGGAGAAAGAUGAUAAGAUCAUUGCUGUUUGUGCUGAUGAUCCUGAGUAUCGUCACUACAACGACCUCAGUGAAUUGCCUCCUCAUCGUCUCGCUGAGAUUCGUCGUUUUUUUGAAGACUAUAAGAAGAACGAGAACAAAGAGGUUGCCGUGAAUGAGUUCCUACCUGCAACUACUGCCCGUGAAGCCAUCCAGUACUCUAUGGAUCUUUAUGCUCAGUACAUAUUGCAGAGCUUGAGGCAGUAGAUUGCAAGCUUUUGGUUGAGCAUUUCAAAUCAUGUGGCGUUAAAGACUGUUGUAUCAUGACAUUGUUCCAAUUUGUGAACUUGUAACGCUGGAUUUAGUUAUAUCCACUUAGAUAGUUGUUGGGUUGA